AUGAGGGCUGUGGUGGAGUUCUUCUGUUUCAUCCUCCUUGUUGCAAUGGCUUCGAGGUUCGGCCCUGUUCCUGCUGAGGCAAGCAGACCGGAACUUUACUUUGGGAUGAAGCCUAAAGGAUCGAUUGUUCCUCCAUCGGGGCCUAGCACCCGAACGUCCGCUUCUCCACCCCCACCUGCCCUACAGUCUGCUGAGGCACGCAGGCCGGGGAUUCGCUUUGGGAUAAAGCCUGGAGGACCGCCUGUUCCUCCAUCGGGUCCCGGCACCGGAACAUCUGGUCCUCUGUCACCACCUUCCUUUCAGUCUACUGUGGCAAGCAGAGCGGGACUUUACUUUGGGAUGAAGCCUAAAGGAUCGAUUGUUCCUCCAUCGGGGCCCAGCACCAGAACGUCCGAUCCUCCACCCCCACCUCCCCUACAGUAG